AUGAAAAACAAUAGGGAAUACUGAUCUCUCCUUAGUAGUGUGUAAAACUAAUUGAAAAUGAUUGCAAGAAGAUAUCUCUUAAACUUAAUGAGAAGUAGGAAAAUAACCUCCCUAUCAGAAAAAUACUUCUCAGAAGCAACUACAGCUAAUGAUAAUGAAAAAACUACUCAUUUUGGUUUUAAAACUGUCAAAGAAGCUGAUAAAGUGAAAGAAGUAUAUACAGUGUUUGAAAAAGUAGCAGAUUCCUAUGACCAAAUGAAUGAUGCAAUGAGUUUAGGAAUUCAUCGUAUUUGGAAAGAUAUAUUUAUUCAAAGACUUGGACCAACUCAUGGGAGUAAAUUAUUAGAUUCAGCUGGUGGUACAGGAGAUAUAACUUUUCGAUAUUUAAAUUAUUUGAAGAAUACUCCUAAUCCUCAAAACUUUAAAAGUUCUGUAACAGUCUGUGAUAUAAAUGAGAAUAUGUUAAAGGUUGGAAAAGUUAGAGCAGAAAGACAGGGUUGGUUAGAUCAACAAAAUAUUGAAAUUGAUUGGCAAGAAUGUAAUGCAGAAGAGCUUCCUUUUGAUAAUGAUUCAUAUACAGCUUAUACAAUAGCAUUUGGAAUAAGAAAUGUAACUCAUAUUGAUAAGGUUCUUGCUGAAGCAUAUCGGGUUCUUACUCCAGGUGGUCGCUUCAUGUGUUUAGAAUUUAGUCAUGUAAAUAAUGAUAUCUUUAGAUGGGUUUAUGAUCAAUAUUCAUUUCAAAUAAUCCCAGUAUUAGGUACACUUAUAGCAGGAGAAUGGCAAGCUUACCAGUAUCUUGUUGAAAGUAUUAGGAAAUUUCCUAAGCAAGAAGAUUUUAAGGAAAUGAUUGAAGAAGCAGGUUUUAGAAAUGUAACAUAUGAAAAUUUAACUUGUGGAAUAGUAGCUAUUCAUUCAGGUUUCAAAUUAUAAUUAUUUAACUGUAAAUAAAUGUUUGAAAUCGAAUAGAAAAUGAU